AUGGACGACGUUGACUCAGCUUUGGCGGAUAACGUGAAAUCUUUCGCCGCCGGCGGGUUCGGUGGAGUAUGCGCCGUGUUAACGGGCCACCCCUUUGACCUUGUCAAGGUGAGAUUGCAGACCGGGUUGUACAACUCGGCCAUCCAGUGCGUCAAGGACACCAUCGCCAAGGACGGGUUGAUGGGUCUCUAUCGUGGAGUGUUGCCUCCCUUGAUUGGAGUCACGCCCAUGUUUGCUGUUUCGUUCUGGGGUUACGACGUGGGCAAAAAAUUGGUGGGCAGCUUCACAGGCAAAUCGGCGGAGCAAUUCACCAUUGGCGAUAUCUCGACCGCGGGCUUCAUCUCGGCCAUCCCCACUACUUUAGUGGCUGCGCCAUUUGAAAGAGUCAAGGUGAUGAUGCAGAUCCAGGAGGGCGCCAAGUCCAAGGGCAUGGGCGCCGUCAUUGCUGAAAUGUACAAGACGGGCGGUAUCAGAUCGAUUUUCAAAGGCUCGGUAGCAACGUUGGCCAGAGAUGGACCGGGCUCAGCAUUGUACUUCGCCACCUACGAGUACUUGAAGGAGAGAUUGUCGACUCCAGGCAAGGAAUUGUCGAUCUUGGCCAUCAUGACCGCGGGUGGAUCUGCCGGUGUGGCCAUGUGGUUGGGGGUCUUCCCCAUCGACACCAUCAAGUCGACGCAGCAGUCUUCCAACGUCCCCAUCUCGAUUGGCCAGGUCACCAAAAACAUCUACGCUAAAGGCGGCAUCAAGGCCUUCUUCCCCGGGGUGGGUCCUGCUUUAUGCAGAUCCUUCCCGGCCAACGCUGCUACAUUUUUGGGUGUCGAAGUUGCAAGAAAGGCCUUGGAUAAGGCAUUUUAG